UUGGCCUAAACAAAAUUGUUCAUUGUAGUUUUGAAGAACACACAAAGAACACAUUAUGUCUUGAGUAUGGGAACUGCUACAGAAACGUAUCGACAAAGUUUUCUUCGUGAUAUGAUUCUAUGAUUUUGAAACUGCCUUCACGAAAUUACAUUUAGUUAUGGACGCCCUCUAUUGAGGAUAUUGGCGUUUUGGUAAAACGGCGUUUUCUUUAAGUCAAAAGGGGGUGACCAAUUAAUUUUCAUUUUACAAGUACAGCCUAGUGACUGGCGCCACCCCUGAUAAACUGAGGUUUUAGGGCUAAAAGGGUAAUUUGGACUUUUCAGACCUCUAAAGCUAUCUUUUCACUGAUUGUAUCUAACAAAGAGCCAUUAUUUUUGAUAACAUUUCCUGUUUAUUUGGCCAUUGAGCAUAGAUUGAGCAAAGAGCUUGGAAUAAGUGGUUACUUUGGAAGUCAAAAUCCCUUAAAGUGUGUACCGAUAUUCUUCGUUGAAACUUUUUGAAUGCGCGGAAAAUAGAAUGAAAACAAAGACGAUAAAUAGGCAAACUUUCUAAGGUCCACAAGAUCAAUUUCAGAAUUUCUCCCCUUUUUUUAUCUGCCAUAAAUAUCUGUAAUAUUAUCUGAUUUCUGAACGAGUGGAGGCUAAUAACUAGGGAUCCCCAUCCUUUCAAAUUUCAUAUAUUCGUUAACGCGCAUCUAUAAUCGACGUUCUACCGAAAGUUAAUAAUUGGCUUGGGUUUGUCUGUGAACCUGGUAGUCCUAAUUAUAAAAAGAAUAUAUGCAAGCGGCUUCUCAAAGAGGAAAAUUAUCAUUCGCCUCUUAAGGAUGCGGGGGCGCAAUGGUUGUUGCGGAGUUAUUCAAUAUGACGUCAUAUUGAUAAAACGAACUAACAUGACGAUUUAUUCUUUACCUAAUUAGCAAAGUUUUUCAGAUAUGCUUAGCUUAUCAUACUUUGAUGAUUGCAAAAGAUUUCGAGAAUAUUUUUGACAAAAGAAGAAAGUAAUUUGAGGAAGAUGGGGAAUAUUUUCUCUUGCUGCGCAAGUAGAAAAUCGUGUAAAGUUGAGCCGUUUGAAAAGAAGGUUUCGCCAGUUAAUCGCAGUCCGCCGUCCAUUGAGAAAUCUCGCGCGAAGGCCACCGCUGACAUGAAGGCCAUCGAACAGAUGUUUGCAGCCAAUUGUCAAGCGAAAGCGGUCAAUGAGGUGGACAAUGUCGAAGACAGCAGCAGUGAAGAUGCUGUAUCUAUUGGAACGCGCCCGAGAAACCCAAGUCCACCUUCGAACGAGGGAUUGAGGACACCUGAAAUACUCGAGGCAGCGCACUUACAAGACGGAAGUUCGGAAGCUUCAACGCCGUCUAUUCAAGAAGUUAACGGGGUAGUCCCUGAAAGAAUUGGGCACCAAAAUAAUGUAAAUACUUAUCUGCUUUAUAUGUAUCGCUUAUUACCCUUUCUCGGGAUAUGUAGCGUUAUAUUUCACAUCGAAGAAUCAGUCUUGAUAGUACGACACAUAGCAUAAAUGAAAUAAACAUCUAUUGUUGGGUUGAGUAAAAUGUUUCUUGGUAUAAAAGGGGCGUGACUUAAUAAUGAUGGGCACUAUAUGAAACCACAAGAUCAAAAAUAUUUGUAGCCUUUAGGCCACGAAGUUACCAUUUAAUUUUGUUUUUCUGCUCAAUAACACAGAGACAAAGAUGUAAGAGCACCAUUUAUAAAUUAGAAGAGCAUCUGUAUGGAAAAAAACUACAUUUUAGAAUGGUAUUAAAAAGAUUUUUGGAAAAAGUAAAAAAUAAUGCAUCCAUUGAUAGAUAUAUACUGUUAUGAUUCAGGAAAUGCAAGAAGAGGACGAAAAGUUCGUCCCAGUACAAGACAGAAGCCAAUUAGAGAAUCCACAAAACACUGGAGCAGGAAGAGAAACUGGGUCAGAAGAAGAAAAUAUAGCUGAACUGAAGGAGAGUUUUCCGGUAAACGAUCAACACAGUCAGCUUAUAGUUGAGCACUUUGAAACAGACGCUGUGCCUGGAGAAGCUGCAGGUGUAACUGCCAGUGACUUGAUAAAGGAGGAACCAGUGAAAAAGGGCAGUUCAAAGGUUCCAUUCUAUCCAUACAAACAGGAGUCAAAACAGGCACAGCAAGGUACCUACGGCGGAUGCCAGGAAACAGGACGUUCCAGACGAAACCGAGUCAUAGUGGUACAAAGCUAUGGAAGCAGUGCAGGUGCUAGAAAUGAGAUCUACGGCAGGCCAAUGGCUUCAUACAGUAGACACUUAGUGGGUGAGGUGAAAAGGAAUGAACAGUUCAUGAAUCAAAGCAUAAAUGGGAUGCAAGAGCAUGGAAAUUUGACCCAGGACCCGCUAAGGCCUGGCUAUGGCACAAGAGGCCUCCAGCUGGGAGGCAAUUCUCUUAUGUUGGCCCGGAGUUAUGAGGAUGCUUGGCGCAACAUGAGAGGCCUUACAAGCCCUACUGAGCCAGAUGAAUUUGCCUUUUCCGACUGCACAAAUCUGUCAGCUCCAACGACACCAAACUUUGAGGUGGCAUCAAUGUCAAGCUCCCAGUGCUCACCUCGAGUACUGCCAGCACAAGGGGUGACAAACUUUCACCCGACGCAUGCUUUUGCCAACGACAAUGACUAUAUCUUCGAGGAAGAGGGUGAAGAAGAAAACGAAGACAGUGAAGUCAACGAUGAAGUUAGUGACACUGAUGACAUGUCAGAGGUAGCCCAGCCGGCAGUCUAUGAGCAAGUUGGUAAUGUGCGGCGUAUCACGGUGCAACCAGCUAAUGAAAGUUCCUAUGGCAUGCUAGAAGCAUUGCAAUGCCACCACGGAAAAAGGAAGUCAUUUUGUACAUUGUGUACACGCCCAACUGGGAGGGUUGGGAGAGAGUUUAAAGCGCAACAAGACAACUUCAAGCGCGAGAGAGAGGAGAAAAAACGAAAGAUGGUCAGAUUUGAAUAAAAAAACUUCACAGUGGCUCCAAAAAGUCAAAGCUUACAAGAGAAAUGAAAGUUUGGGUAAAACUAAAUAGAUUUGAUAAUACCUGGGCAAAGUUGAAGGGUGACUUGAUAUGCAAAAUAACUAAACUAUGAAAAGAGACUUUGAAGAUAAUAACCUUGAAGAGUAAUAGGUUUCAGAAAACUUAUGAAAGAAUGUUGCAGAUUUGGCAGAAAAAUCAAAUGAAUAUGGUUUUUAGAGGUAUAAAGUUUAAGAAAUUAGGGGGCAGUAUAAG